AUGAAAAAAAAGACUAAUAUCAGCCAAAUGGCCCUCAGAAACGCUGCUUCUCGUCUUCUUGUCAGUUCUCAAAAAUGUGCAACAGUUUUAACAUCAAGAGCACAAGGCACAGCUUCUGCACUUCGCAAAGAUGCAGAGGAAGUUCCAAAGCAGUCUUCUAAACCACCCAAGGUGACUUUUGAUUGGAGAGAUGCACUGAAUUUAGAGGGACAGCUGACCGAGGAAGAAGUUAUGAUCAGAGAUUCCUUCAGGGACUAUUGUCAAGACAAACUCAUGCCACGCAUCCUUAUGGCGAACAGAAAUGAACAUUUUCACCGUGAAAUUGUUUCCGAGAUGGGCGAGCUGGGAGUUUUGGGACCAACUAUUAAAGGAUAUGGCUGUGCAGGCACCAGUUAUGUGGCCUAUGGUUUGAUCGCACGAGAGGUUGAGAGAGUGGACAGUGGAUAUCGGUCAGUCAUGAGUGUUCAGUCUUCACUGGUGAUGCAUCCAAUCAAUGCAUAUGGCACACUGGCCCAGAAAGAAAAGUACCUGCCCCGACUGGCUCGUGGAGAAAUCCUUGGCUGCUUUGGUUUAACUGAACCCAACCAUGGCAGCGAUCCCAGCGGAAUGGAGACCAAAGCUAAAUUUAACCCUUCAAGUGGCACUUUCAGUAUCAGUGGAGCAAAAACCUGGAUCACAAAUUCCCCAGAGGCAGACAUUGCAGUUGUCUGGGCCAAAUGUGAAGAUGGCAGAGUAAGGGGUUUCAUCUUGGAGCGUGGCAUGAAGGGGUUCGCCACUCCAAAAAUUGAAGGAAAGUUUUCUCUGCGAGCCUCUGCUACAGGUAUGAUCCUGAUGGAUGAGGUGGAGGUCCCUCAGGAGAACCUGCUGCCCAACGUGUCCGGUCUGGCUGGUCCUUUCGGCUGCCUCAACAAUGCUCGAUAUGGGAUCGCAUGGGGAGCCUUGGGAGCAGCUGAGUUUUGUUUCCAUGCUGCCAGACAGUACACCAUGGACAGAAUCCAGUUUGGUGUGCCUCUAGCCAGGAACCAACUCAUGCAAAAGAAGAUGGCUGACAUGUUGACUGAAAUCACCCUCGGGUUACAGUCCUGCCUGGCUCUGGGGCGGCUGAUUGAUACAAAAAGUGCGGCCCCAGAAAUGAUCUCUAUGCUGAAGAGGAAUAGUUGUGGCAAAGCUCUGGACAUUGCAAGACAAGCCAGGGACAUGUUGGGAGGAAAUGGGAUUGCGGACGAGUACCACAUCAUUCGUCAUGUUAUGAACCUGGAGGCAGUGAACACUUAUGAGGGAACCCAUGACAUACAUGCACUUAUCUUGGGAAGAGCUAUCACUGGACUUCAGUCAUUUACUGUUGAAAAGUAA